UUUACGGAUGAAAUAAAACCCCUUUAGAGCAAUACUUCCUUUCAAGUUCUUAAGACGCCUCUAAAUCUUUCUGGUAGCGAGUGGCCAGCGUGGGGGCGGGGUGGGGAGCGGGUGCCGGGCGGGCGGCCCGGGAGGGCGCAGAGAGCGAGGAGUGGAGGGUUAACUGCUUUGCGAUCUCACCAAGCUCCUCCGAAAUGCCAGUCCACAGUCGCGGCGAUAAUGUUUCUGGGUGUCGGGGCCUCGUCCCUCCUGGCAUUUGUCUGAAAUGGAGCUGUCUGUCUAACCUAGGCCUGGACGCGCCCUGCCCGGGUAAGUGGGGGAAGGUGGGGGUGGGGUGGGGAUGGAGGGGGACCCGGGGUGGAGUUAGUCGCCUGCCUAUUUUCAUAUUCAUUAGAACUGGGAGGUUGCCCGAGAAGCCCAGCUGAGUUUCAAGAUAUAAAAGCAACUUCGGGUGCCCCCUUUCCAGCCGGGACAGAUUAAAGGGCUCGGAGCAGGGCAGCUCCCGGCGCCGCAGCGCUCGCUUCCCCUUCCCUCCUCUCGGGCCCUCCCUCCUCCCGCCCACUCGCUCCCUCCCCCAGCGCUCUCCAGCCUCCGCGCCCCAGGAGCUCCGCGACAGCCUUCCAGGAUUAUGGAGUUUCUGAGCGAGAAGUUUGCCCUCAAGAGCCCGCCGAGUAAAAACAGUGACUUCUACAUGGGCGCAGGAGGCGCGUUGGAGCACGUUAUGGAGACGCUGGACAAUGAGUCCUUUUACAGCAAAGCGUCGGCGGGCAAAUGCGUGCAGGCCUUCGGGCCGCUGCCCCGCGCCGAGCAUCACGUGCGCCUGGAGAGGACCUCGCCCUGUCAGGACAGCAGCGUGAACUAUGGGAUCACUAAAGUCGAAGGACAGCCUCUUCACACGGAACUAAAUAGAGCGAUGGACAACUGUAACAGUCUCCGGAUGUCUCCUGUGAAAGGGAUGCCAGAGAAGGGAGAGCUGGAUGAACUUGGGGAUAAAUGUGACAGCAACGUAUCCAGCAGCAAGAAGCGGAGACACCGAACCACCUUCACCAGCUUGCAGCUGGAGGAGCUGGAGAAGGUCUUUCAGAAAACCCAUUACCCGGAUGUAUAUGUCAGAGAACAGCUUGCUCUGAGGACAGAGCUCACUGAGGCCCGGGUCCAGGUUUGGUUUCAAAAUCGAAGGGCCAAAUGGAGAAAAAGAGAACGUUAUGGCCAAAUACAACAAGCUAAAAGCCAUUUCGCCGCCACCUAUGAUAUAUCAGUUUUGCCAAGGACUGACAGCUACCCACAGAUUCAGAACAAUUUGUGGGCAGGAAAUGCGAGCGGCGGUUCUGUGGUUACUUCAUGCAUGUUACCACGUGACACUUCGUCCUGUAUGACACCUUACUCUCACUCGCCUCGGACAGAUUCCAGUUACACAGGGUUUUCAAACCACCAGAACCAGUUCAGCCACGUGCCCCUCAACAAUUUUUUCACUGACUCUCUUCUUACUGGGGCUACCAAUGGACACGCGUUUGAAACAAAGCCAGAGUUUGAACGGAGGUCUUCCAGUAUCGCCGUUCUUCGAAUGAAAGCCAAGGAGCACACUGCCAAUAUUUCAUGGGCCAUGUAACAUACAGUGCUCUUUUAUUUUUCUUUUAAUGGCAAAGUAAAACAUUCUUAUUUCUCAUAUUUAAAGGAUACCACAAUAAGCUGCUGUGUGUGGAAUUGCUAAAGGUCAAGAUAUACAGUGAGACCAGCUUAAAUGAAUAGUUGUUUUUAUUUAACAUUAAAAUCUAAGAAUGAACCUCUGAGAAGACUAAAUAGGUUUACCAUACACCAGUCUCCACAAACUCUGUUUUAGUAGUAGGAUUUUUUUUUCUAUUGUACGAGUCGAUGAAAUAUGAUCA